AUGGCGGAGUAUGAUCUAACGCAGAAGCUUCUUGCGUACGUGGAUCCGCAUCUGGGACUCCGUCUUUUGUCGCAUCUGAGCACAAAGGAUCUCUUUGAUGCCAAGGAUCUUGCUAAGGCGCAGUAUGAGCUCGCUAAGCACACUUCAUUGGUGCAGGACUUGCCUCAGUUCCACCAGCAGGCAUACCCUGGCGAGUCUGUGCCCGAGGUGAUCAACCAGCUGAAGAGCCAGGUGGAAGAGAAGCGCGAGAAGCUCGAGAAGGAGGCGGAGCGUGUACUUGCCGUCGUCGAAGACCCGAACGUGGCCAGCGCGCUGAAGCAGGACAAGACGCCCAAGCUUGCAUGGCUCCAGCAGCAUCACCAGCUCACGGCGGAUCAGAUCCAAGUGCUGUACCAGUAUGGUCGCUUCCUUUUCUCUUGCGGCAACUACAGCAAGGCGGCCUCGUACCUAUACCACUACCACGGGCUCAUGCCCGAUAGCUCGUACAGCGAGUCGGUCCUGUGGGGCCAGCUGGCGUGCUAUAUCCUCACGGACGAGUGGGAGCGGGCGCUAGAUGCCCUCACAGUGCUUCGCGACUACAUCGAUUCGCUGCGUGUGCCGGCACCUGCGAAGAAUGCUCUCACGCAUGAGGACAUUCUGCAGAAGCGCGCGUGGCUGCUUCAUUGGAGUCUCUUUGUGUUCUUCAACCAUGCGGCAGGCCGUGUCAAGCUAGUCGAAUUGUACCUGAGCCCUGCUUACCUGAACGCGAUGCAAAUGUCGUGCUGGUGGCUCCUGCGCUACCUGGUUGUGGCUGUCCUCCUUACCCGACGAGUGACGCCUCGUGGUUAUAUGGUGGAGAGCAACGGGACAUCGAACAAGCUUAGCACGCAGACCGCGCUGCGCGAGGUCUCCAAGGUGAUCCAGAUGGAGUCAUACCGCCUGCAGCCCGACCCGGUGAUCGACUUCUUCCGUCUGCUGUACGUUGAGCUCGACUUUGAUGGCGCGCAGGCCGAACUUGCCGGGGCCAUGCAGCUCGCGCACUCAGACGUAUUUAUGCAGGCCCAUGCGGAUGCCAUUGUCGAGCAGGCGCGUUUCCUGGUCAGUGAAGUGUACUGCCGCAUCCACCAGAAGAUUGACAUUGCCGACCUGGCUACACGAUUGAACCUCUCGCGCGAGGAGGGCAACAAGUGGGUCGAGAUGCUGGUGGCCGAGACCAAGGCCGAUGCGCAGAUCAACGUACAGGAAGGUGUGGUGCUGAUGAACCAGAACCGCCCCGUUUUAUACCAAUCGGUGGUCGACAAGACUCGUGGUAUCGCGCUCCGCACUUCGGCGCUGGCGCAGGCGAUCGAGCGCCAUGCGGGCGGCGCACAGCGCCUGGAUCGCAAGGUGGGCGACGAUGUCGAGCAUGAGGACGGCGACGUGGACGGAGAUGAAGAGGACAUGGAGGCUGAGCCUGAGGAGGCUGAAGCGGCGUAG